AUGUCUGAAGUAGCUGCCGACACUUUCCCCAGCCCCUCAGCUCAGCUGAGCCCUGAUGCGUCCCUCAACGGGCUCCCGGCUGAGGAGAACAUGCCGGGGACCCAAAGAGAGGACAGGAGGGUCCAGGGGAUAGCAGGCCUUGCCGCGACCUGCUGUGUGUGCCUGGAGGCAGAGCGACUGAAGGGCUGCCUCAACUCUGAAAAGAUCUGCAUCGCCCCUAUCCUGGCUUGCCUGCUCAGCCUUUGCCUCUGCAUUGCUGGCCUCAAGUGGGUAUUUGUGGACAAGAUUUUUGAGUAUGACUCUCCUACCCACCUUGACCCUGGGAGGAUAGGACAAGACCCAAAGAGCGCUGUGGAUCCUACAGCUCUGUCUGCCUGGGUGCCUUCGGAGGUGUAUGCCUCACCCUUCCCCGUACCUAGCCCUAAGAGCAAGGCUGAAGUGACAGUGCAAAGUGACAGCUCGCUCGUGCCCUCCAAACCGUUCCUCCAGCCUUCUCUGUAUAACCGCAUCCUAGAUGUUGGGUUGUUGUCCUCUGCUGCACCUUCGCUGUCACCACCCGCCCUGGAGCCUACCACAGCGUCUCAGGCACAAGCAACAGAAACCAAUCUCCAAACUGCUCCAAAACUUUCCACUUCCACAUCUACAACUGGGACAAGUCAUCUCACGAAAUGUGACAUAAAGCAGAAAGCCUUCUGUGUAAAUGGGGGAGAGUGUUACAUGGUUAAAGACCUCCCAAACCCCCCAAGAUACCUGUGCAGGUGCCAACCUGGAUUCACUGGAGCAAGAUGUACUGAAACUCUGCCCAUGAAAAUCCAAAACCAAGAAAAGCAUCUUGGGAUUGAAUUUAUGGAAGCUGAGGAACUGUACCAGAAACGGGUGCUGACCAUAACUGGCAUUUGCAUUGCUCUUCUGGUAGUUGGCAUCAUGUGUGUGGUGGCCUACUGCAAAACCAAGAAGCAGAGGAAAAAGUUGCACGACCGCCUUCGGCACAGCCUGCGCUCGGAAAGGAACAAUGUGAUGAACAUGGCCAACGGGCCGCACCACCCCAACCCGCCGCCAGAUAACGUCCAGCUGGUGAAUCAGUACGUUUCAAAAAACGUAAUCUCCAGUGAGCAUGUCAUCGAGCGAGAAACAGAGACCUCAUUUUCUACAAGCCACUACACCUCAACAACACAUCACUCCGUGACAGUCACCCAGACACCCAGCCACAGCUGGAGUAAUGGCCACACCGAAAGCAUCCUCUCCGAAAGCCACUCGGUUCUCGUCAGCUCCUCCAUGGAGAACAGCAGGCACACCAGCCCAGCGGGGCCCCGGGGCCGCCUCAAUGGUAUCGGUGGGCCACGGGAAGGCAACAGUUUCCUCCGGCAUGCGAGAGAGACCCCUGACUCCUACCGAGACUCUCCUCACAGUGAAAGGUAUGUCUCAGCUAUGACCACACCAGCUCGCAUGUCACCUGUCGAUUUCCACACUCCAACUUCUCCCAAGUCCCACCCCUCCAAAAUGUCGCCACCGGCUUCCAGCUUGACCGUCUCCGUCCCUUCGGUGGCGGUGAGUCCCUUCAUAGAAGAGGAGCGACCGCUGCUCCUGGUGACCCCGCCACGGCUACGUGAGAAGUAUGACCACCACCUUCAGCAGUUCAACUCCUUCCACCACAAUGCCGCCCACGAGAGCAACAGCCUGCCGCCAAGUCCUCUGCGGAUAGUGGAGGACGAGGAGUAUGAGACCACACAGGAGUAUGAACCAGCACAGGAGCCUCCAAAGAAACUCACCAACAGCCGGAGGGUCAAAAGAACAAAGCCCAACGGCCACAUUUCCAGCAGGGUGGAAGUGGACUCCAACACGAGCUCUGAGAGCAGCAGCUCUGAGACCGAAACCGAAGACGAAAGAAUAGGCGAGGAUACACCAUUCCUGAGCAUACCGAACCCCGUGGCGACCAGUCUGGAGCCGGCCGCUGCCUACCGGCUGGCUGAAAGCAGGACUAACCCGGCGAAUCGCUUCUCCACCCCGGAAGAGUUGCAAGCAAGGUUGUCCAGUGUGAUAGCUAACCAAGACCCUAUUGCUGUAUAA